CUGAUUAACUGACAAUAAACCGGACUAAGCGACAUCGGCUUUUUAUAUUCCAAAGGAUUCAAAUCUGGUACCAAAAGUCCCAUGAGCGCGCUCGUCGUUCUGCGCCUCUCGAAGUUCAAAACUAACAGGAUCGAGCAAUUUGUAGUUCUCUCUAGUUGUGUUAUUUAGGGCCUGCACAUUUGGCGAUGUUACAAUGGAUGGGAGGAUCAAGGCGGAAAGUCACAACUUCAAGAAAGUCAACACAAAAGAGGCAAAAACAAUAUUUUGAACAAAGAAAACGGCAACAGCAACAGCAAAAUUCAAAUGGCCUGGAGAGCUAUUCUGAUAAAAAGGCUCCAUGCACACAAUGUCCUGAAAACAAUAGAUCACUGGAUAUUCUCAGUCUGCUAAACUUAUCAAAGAAUGGCCAGGAUUUCACUACCAGAUUUCCAGAAGCUCAAGGAAGAGGAAGUUCAAAUGGUCAACAUACAACACAAAACUCUCAAACUGCACUUCAAAUGGAAAAUGAAAACAUCUGUCCAUCUGAAGAUGUUGAAAUCAGAGAAACAAGAAAUGUGUCCGAUCACGUGGAGGAGGCAGGAUGUCAACAGGAGUUUUUAUUUGAUUUCUCUUCUAGUAAUCAUGAUGCUCCAAAAGGGAACAAUGAGAAAGAUCCAAUGAAGAUGACUACAGACCGCAAGUUGUCUGUCGUUGAUAUGCUUGGUGAUGAUGGACAAAAUAGCAGCUCAAGAGGAAAUUUAGUACAUGAGAACCAUGUUGCAUUUUCAGUUGAAGGUCUAGGAAAAGUGGAAAUGGAAACUCCAGUUCAUUCACCGCAACAUCCUACAAGAAAAUUCGCCUAUGGAUUCCCUGGACCUUCCAAAAUUUUCAAGGGAUCUUACACUUCCAAGAAUCUUAAUUGCAGUCUAGAGGACCAAUUUCCUGAAUUGGAUGAUAUGGCUGUUUGUGGUGACAUUUCAACUGAUGCCUGUUCUUUAGAACCCCCUCCUUAUUUAGGAGAACUACACCGUAACUUGAAGCAGAAAACAAUGGUUGAUAAGGAAUGCUUGUUGCAUGAUGCUGAAGAUUUUUUAAGCAAUGAUGAAUUUUAUGAUAGCAGGUUUAAAUGGCAUGGUAGAUAUCUCUUCACUCUUCCUCUACUACUUUUAGCAUUAGGAUGUUUAAGAAAAAUCUAGCUUCUUGGAUGAGAAAUUUCUGGAAGAUAAUUGUACAGUAUCAUGGAAGAACUGGUCAUGUGAUUUGGAUUAUAUGAGAAGUAGGAAGUGUGAAAAGUCAGACUUCUCUUUUGAAGGUGGUCAUAUGCAAAAAAGGAGAGCUGGAGUGGACUCAGCAGGCUGCUUCAAUGUUUCAGGGUUAUCUUCUCCAUAUAAGCACCAAAUCAAUCAUCAUUAUGAUUUCAUGACAUCUGACAUGACACGGUGUAACUCCCAGUUUAGUGAAACGACCCAUUCUUCAGAUUGGCCUUCCUUCGCAACACCAGAUGCAAGACACGAUUUACACUUGUUGAGCCAAGAUUCAUUCUUGUCCCAUCCAGCAUGGCAUGAAGGAACAAAUAAUCCAUCAUCUAACUUCAGAAGGCAUGCAACUGAUUCCAGAAGCCCUUUCAGUAUGAAAAGUAAUACAUUUUCCGGGGGAUUUGGCAUGAAGAGUAAUAUUAACAUGAUGUCAGAUUUUUCAUCUCGAGAAGAUGAUUGGUUAUUUGAAGAAAGACGCAAUAUUAAGAGUUAUGAUGGUUCUAUCAAGGCAUCUGAAACCCCAAACCAUUGGACCGAAGAGCCGUUUGAUUCAGAUUUCAACUUGAAAUUUUGCGUUGAUGAACAUGGUGGCAACUUUUUCUCAGAUAAAGUUGCAUUCUCCCAACAAGUUAGUCCUGUAAAAGAAGAAUAUGGACAUGAUCAUCUUUUCAAUGAAGAGAAAGAUGACUCUAAUAUACAGAUUCAGAAGAGUGUUAGCACACGAGAAAGUGAGUCAGUAACUCUACCAGCUGUCACCAGCACAUUUCAUCAGCAUAAAGAGAAUAGUCAUGAAUGCAAUUACUCAUCCUCAAAAAAUGGCACAUCAAUAAACAACCUGGAAUCUGAAGAAUCACAAGUCAAAACUCCAGAAAUAGAAAUCACCCCAGCUCCAAAUGCAUUACUAUCUCCAGAACCUUCAGAAGGGGGAUCAUCUUCUGUUGAGAUGCCCCAUUGUCAUGGCUUAAACAAAUGCCCAGAUGCGACACAAACUUCUCUCCAGACCCAAAAUGAACAUAAAGAAACAGAGGAUUCUGGACCAAACAGUUGCAAAGUCAUGAUGAUUGGGAGAUAUGUUCUUCCACUUCUGUGAGUAUCAGUAUAUAUAGAUACUGAAGAAAGCAUCCAAAGUAGGUAUGAAUAUGAAUGAUACUUCUCAAUUCGCAUGCAACUGAGGCUAAUAAAAUUCAUAAAAUACAACAUAACUUUAGCUAAGCUAGUCCAAUAUGUUGCUAUUACACAUUGCUAGUAGCUUUUGAAAUGACAGGAGCAGGACAAAUUUAAACCAAGUAUAUCCAACACAAUGUUAGCAUAGAUAGAAACUUUCAACCAUUAGUGCCCAUAGAUACACAUUAACUACAAAUAUUUUUCUCCAAGAGAAGAAACACAAGUUUAGUUACUCAUUUUAGGCCCCAAUGCAAAGCCUUCCCUUUAUUGAUCGCCUGAACUGCAUGUGACAUCUUAACUUCUUAACAUCAGACUGUUUGAGGGGUUUAAGGAUGAACUCUUGAGCACCUUCUUCCAAACACCUAAUUCAAAACAGAAAUGUCAAGCACAUCCAUACAUCAUAACCAAAAUUUUAAUUCAUAAUAAAGAUCGAUCAAUGGUGGUUACUUCUCGAUUCGAGUGGGGACAUUCUCUGAUGAGACUACAAUCACCGGGAUCUCUUUUAUAUCAGAUGAUUCCUGUUACAAAAAUUAAGGUUUAAUGUUACAAAAAAAAAAGCACUACUAGCUACUUAUAUAACAAUGUUACAGAAUGUUAAUGUUAUAUUACCUUAACCUUUCUAAGGAGAUCGUAUCCUGUCAUUCCUGGCAUACAGUAAUCCGUAACUACUAAAUUUAUCUUAGGUCCCUGCUUUUAAUAUCCAUUUACCAAAAAAUAAAAAAUAAAUCAUUAAUUUGGUAGGUGUGUUACGACAAUGCAUGUUAUGAGAAAUGUAAAUUUAAGAAUUGUGUCCAUUAAGUAGUACUACAGUAACUUACUUUGUUCAUAUGAGUGUGUUCGUCUUCUCCUUGGCCUAAAAGCUCCAACGCCUUCUGCCCACUUUCUGCUGUAGUCACUGCCACAUUGACAAAAUGACUAGUAAAUUCCUUGUAAGGCUUUCUUGAUUUACACCUUUAUUUUGUUUUUAAAUAAUAUGGAUGAUGGAUAGCAGAUAACUUUUUUUUUUCUUUCGUAAGUGUUCAACCUUAAAAGAUGUGAAGUCGGAAUACUAGGUAGGUAUGCGGUGAUUCUCAUGGACUCAUAUUCUACUUUCACAAAAAAGAUCUCAAACAUAAGCUUAUCGUGUCCCCCAAAAACAGUUCAUUUAUUUUUAAAUGCUACUUAUUUCUGAUGGACUAAAUGUCAAUAGCAACAUAUUUUUAUUUAUUUGUGUAUAGUAAUAGUAAUAUGCUAUUUUUAUUUCUUAUGUUGGUAAAGGAGGGCUGCAAACAUUGUGCUUAUAAUUUAUGCUCUUAUAAAUCUGUAUUUGGUAGAAUAUAUGAAAAUAUAAGAUUGUUAAUUUCUUUUAUUAG